AUUUUGUUGUACCACCUCGUCGACGACGCGAGCUCUGAAAGCCUAAGUUGAGUCUCCUGCGGCCCGCAGCAGGACAGCAACGUAACCGAGGUGCUCGCAGUAAAGGUCGGUACGCGAAGUUCACGCUUACAGUGUUGCCAGACUGGCGACGAUAUCGUAGUAAUCCCGGAUAUUUUUGUAUAUAUUUUUUUUCUGUUUGAUGAAGAUAGUUGGAUAUUUUAUUUGAGGAUUUUUGCUGAUCGCCAAACGGGCAACAAAACUGGCAACGCAGCGCGAACGGCGUCAUUGACUGAGUACCGGCCGGGCCUGAUUCCUAGUGAUUUCGUCCAAAAAAAAAAAAAAAAGACGAAUUCCCUCAGGCAGCAGGCGACAACCUGGCCGAAAUUAUCGACCCUGUGUUCGAUCCUGGAACGUGCGUUCUAUGUUAUUGGAUAAUUUUCAAUAGCAGCUUGAUAUCACGCACCAAAACGACGACAGAUAUUAAUCGAAUUUAACGGAAAAAAUGGAAGUCGUAGCAGCACCUCCUCCAACCUCCAAUGGUACUCCGUUUCGUGACCAUGACGUGCGCGAAUGGUCCCGAAUCGAUACCAUUACUGGGGCUCUGGAACGUGCCAGGCUUGAAACGGAUAGCUGGUCAGCUACCACUAGUGAUGCUUGUCAUCGGUAUGGAAAGGUUGUAGAUUCUAGAGCUCGUACCGGUGUAAAUGGUAACCUCCAGGCUCAAGCCAGCAGACAGUUGGAAGUAUUUCAAAGCAGGACUUCGGGGGCUCGUUUACAAGUGGUCAAAACAAAGACUGUUAGUAGUAGCAGGUGGUCGUCGACCAACAAGGGCGAUUCGACGCCAAUUGCGGCCCUGGGAUUCGAGGAUUUAAAGCUCCCACUAAAUCCCCUUGACCUCACAUCCCAAAAGUCUAAAGCAUCAGUAGGCCGUACCGUUAACAGACGUCCCCCAACUAGACAUCCCAGAAAUCUGAACUCUACAUUCGCAAGCGAUGUUCAUAGCCAUAUAAGAAACGCCCAAUUCACAGCGGCAACGAAUCUUCACAGAGUAUCCAGGUUGUGCCAUCAAAUUCACGAGUCCGCCGUUAGGAAUGCAUUUGGGAGAAAAUCGCCUGAAAAUUCGCGUAGAGCAAGUGUAGAUGAUAGUAGUGUUAGUGGCGUAGAGAUUACGGAAAUCGAAAAUAGCAGUGCAACGUCAAAUAGUGAUUUGAACUCUCAUCAAAAUUUGAUGCGAACUAAAAGCAAUAGCAGUGAUGAUAUCAAUUUAAUUCCUGAAAAAGAUUCUAUAAGAAAAAGUGUGGAAGAUUUGGAAGACUUGGAGCAAUUGCAAAACUGGAGGAGAAAUUCCAAAGUUCGACGAAGUCUACAGUUUCCUAAAGCAACCUCGCCCGAGUUAGAAAGCAAUGAUACCGACUUGCCAGAAAGUUCGGUCAAUGUUAAAAAACUAAGAGAUCGAUUAGAAAAAGGCAGAAGACUCACCGCAGCCUUAAGAAAUAACUCAAUAUCAGCUGAUUUAAAUGCUUUAGAUGAUAUUAUUCGCUCAAUAUCCAGUGCCAGUUCCUUGGAAAGAAGCUCAACAGAUGAUAAUUUGGAUGAAAUUUGUGAUAAAGAAUCUGUAGUUCCUAAAACAAAAAAUAAAAGGGAAUCAUUUGUUACUGUGGAGUCAAUACAGGAAGUUAAAGGACGGUUAAGACGUACUAGUUCCCCAGGAAGUGAUGUUUAUUCGAAAAAUAAAGAUGAUAGCGAAAGCGAUGAUGGUAUAGAUACAGAAGAUACCUCUCUAAAAGUAAAAUCUUACGUUUAUGGUAUGGAAAACAAUAUGGUGAAUCUCAAGAAGCCUGUAAUAGGUACUGGUAGUUUAGAGUCUCGCUCAAAAUUCUCGAAUGGCAUCAAUAAUCAUAAAAAUGAGGACUGGUACAACAGACGUAAAUCUUAUGGUUUUGAAAAAGUCCAUGGCUCUGAAGAACCUUCUUCGAUAUCCCUCAAAAACAAAAAUUUCGUUGAAUCAAGCACAGACAGUGGUAUUUGUAGAUCCAGUGAAAUUAUGGUUGUACCAACAGCAACAAAGUCGAAUAAUUUUGAUGACGUAGAAAAUGAGAAAACUAAUCCCAUUAACGGUAUUCAUUACGGUAAUGUCAAGAAAAUGACCAGCAUAUUCGACCAUCAGGAGGAUGAGCUGUCCAAGGCUUGGACUAAGCGGGCGGCUUCUUUUAAAGACGAUUGGAAAAAGAACGAAAUAAAAUCGACAACGAUUACAAUACCCAUAGUUAAAAAUAACAAUGUUGUCGACCUAUCUUGGAACGAGGAGCCGGAAAAGGAAGCAAAAAGAGUGUCAGCGGAAUCUAACGGUGAUCGUUUUAGAAAGACCAGCUUGAAUGAUCCAUUUUUAAUAAAUAAUGACGAUGACAAUUUAAAUAAUAUUAACCGAAAAGGUAAAAAGGUAGAAUUUUGCAAAACCGAAGUGCAUUUUGCAGCUGAGUCUGGUAAAGUUAACAUUGUUGAAACUGAUGAAAAACCACCUCCUACACAAAAUUUCAGACGUAGACGUAGAAAUUCUGGUCCUAUUAGAGACUAUCCAGAAGAUUUUAAUAAAAAUGGCCUACCAAUGCUUCAUUUUGGCGACAGCUCAUACGAAAAAACUAUGUUUGGUAUAGAUAAUGAACAAGACGAAAAACAACCCCCAUUAUCGUCUUUAGAACAAAAUAGAAUUCCGUCAGCUUUUAGUGUAGUAACAGUUAAUAAUACUAACGAUUACAUCCUAGAAGAAGAUGAAAGAAAAGAACUAUUAUUAACAGAUAAUGAUAAUUUGAAAGGCAUUUUAAAAAACAAACCUAUAAAACCCAAACCCUAUCAUUUAGGUGAUAAUGUAUCAUUGAAUGACGAUGACGAAGAUGCGCGAAGAUGGGGAGUACGUUUACGACACGUUCCAGAAGAAAAUUUACCCAUAUGGAAAUCUACAGUAACCGUCCAUAAUAAUUAUCAACAAGACAAAACUAAAUCUGAACCGCCCGAAUUUCAAAAACUACUCAAAAAUUUACGACCUACAACGAAAAAACCCGACUAUCUUUCAGACAACGAAAAUCGUUACUCCGAUAAUCUUGGUAAUAUUCGCGUAGUAUCGGCAGUGAAAGACAAUAGACGAUCGUCGUGGUCUGUAGCCGAUAAAGUGAAACUGGUGGAUGAUAUACAAGAAAACAAAGGAUAUUCUACUAAAGUGAAUUUUGGUAAUGGCGAAGCUACUGUAGUCCAAAAUGAUCAGAGUACGUGGCCACGGAUGGAGAACCUAUCGAAGGACUCCAAACAAAUUCUGAACAAAGGAUUAGUCGUACGGAUCGGUAGACAGGAUUCGGCAAGUAAACAUACCGUGUGCUCUAAAACUACUAGACAAAAUAAUAGUACCACCACCACAACGACGAAAAUCACCAUCGACUUGGCACCAUCACCACCGACGAAAGAUAAACCUCUAACCUAUACCAAAUUUAAACGAUCUCAGAAUCUACAACAUAGCUUUAAGUCUACACCGUUGGUGCUCAACAUGCUCAAAGACCAAAAAGAGGCUGUUAAUAAGGUUCCUCAACAAUUAGAGGCCUUAAGAAAACUAUACAACGAUGUUCCUAGCGACGAAGCUGAAUGCGACGCCGACAGAGAAGUGCAACAGUUGCUGAGUAGAGUAACUGAAAAAGAACUGACUAGUUUAGAAAGCGACGCCAGUAGCGUAGUAUCGGGAAGCUGGAGUAAGAUGAAAGCUUUCAAGAAUUUUGCUGAGGCCAGCAAUAGGAGUAGUUUUAGGGGAGUUAAGUCGAAAUUUGAUCUCAAAAAUGCUAAAGAUAUCGAAGAUGUAAAUUCACCGAGGUUGAAAAAAGUGGAAGAUUCCGCCAAACCUACUGCCACAUACAAUAAGUAUAGCAUUCUUCAUAGCGGUAGUAAAUUUUCUCCGGUAGUUUUAAGAAAAUCAAUUCCCAUAAUGAAAACGACUGAAUCUGUAGAACUGAAGCCUUCAGAAGAAUUAUCUUCAAUAGUAAAUAAGAAAUCUGAAAGCUCAAUUAUUAAUAAUAGACACUCUCCUACUAGAGAAUUUAAAAAUUUGCCCGACGCCAAGCUUCAAGCAAAGUAUGUCAAUGAGAAUAUUGUGUUAAGGCAACCGAAAAAGUCCGAAAUGACCUAUUUUGGUGUAAAUGUUGCUUCAAGGGAAAAUGUACAAACGGCUGUGAUUAAAAAAGAUCAAAAGCCUUUGCUGCAGAAGCCAGAUAUUUUGCAACACCAUCAUAAAAGGCCACCAUCUCCGCAAAGAAUCGUAAAACCUAGAAGGCCUUUACCAGAUAAGAAUAAAGAAUCACCUAUCUACGAAAAUUUAAAGCCUGCACCAUUAAAAUCAAAAUAUUCUGGCCACGUGGAUUUUGAUUCUAGCAUACUGGAUGAACUUACGAAAGCUGCUGACCAAAUCUUGCUGGCUGUAAAUGGUUACACCUCCGAAGACUGUCACACCAGAUUAAGCUCAGACGAAGAAGAAUCUAGGAAACCUUUGGAUACAAUAUCAGAAACCAAAUCUUGGAAACACUCAAAUCAAGACCUGGAAAUAAAAAACCAGCAAAGAAUGAGGCCCACCUUAGCUAGUGCGGCUAAAAUGAAGGUAAAAAGAACAUCUUCGACAUCUUCAGUGGAAAGUUUAUCAAAGGAUCCUAGGAGGAGAGGUAGCUUAACCGAAAGAAGAUCUACUACAACUCCACUAGUGAAAUCUGCCCCAACAGAAAAACCCAACAACAAAAAAAAACCAUCUACAGAAGUAACAUCCAUUAAAGCAACAACAAAAGCCAGGCGACUUCAGAGAGCCUCGAGCAGAGAAGCGUUGCUGCAGUCUCACGGAAGCUCUUCCGAAGAUUUGCCAGCUAAUAUCGAAGCACCUGCGAGGAAGCCUAGAUUAAUUAAAAAAACUAAGACAGCUCAAUUGACUAUGACAAAUGGGCUGGAGUUGAAGAAACCUACGAGACGGAGGUCGCGCGAAGAGAAAGUAGAAACCGGGAAAAACGAUACAAGAAUAUUGGGAAGUCUUCCAGAAAUCCGACAUAAAACCGCCGUAUCUACGAUAACGAGUACAGCCGAAAAAUGUUCCAGGGAUCGAUCCAGGACGCGAAACGACGACAGCAAGUCCAGAAGUUAUACUAAAAGGGAAGGUAGUGGCAAAGGCACAAUCAGCAGUUCGUCUACUACAAGACCCUCCUCAUCUGCAACAAGUAAAGGGCAGUACCAUCAGCGCGCAUCAUCGACGAAAGAAUCGACAAGUGGCGUGACGCAGCAUCGAAUAUCAACAGCAAAUAUCAAGAGGUAUCAUCGUUCUGAAGCAACAACGAAACACUAGCAAUUGGAAGAAAUACUAGAUAAUGAGUCCUUUCAAAAUUGGAUUUCAAGAUUUGCUUGCCAACGUAAAUGCCUAAGGUAUACAAACAAAUAUGUAGUUGACGAAGAAGUAUUGUCAGUAUAUUAUGCUUUGUUGUAUUGUAAUAUGUGUUAAAAUUCGUAAUUCCUGCCGUUUUAGUUAGUAAGUUCCUAAACAAUUAGAUUGUAAGAUUCAUGCGAAACAUUAUUUAUAAUGGAUAACAAAAUCCUUAAAAAUUUAACAAAACAAAUUCUUCUAUAAUUAUUAUUAAUGUAAAUAUUAUUUUAAUGAAUCAAGGCUUGGCUAUAUUAAGAGGCCUUUUGAAACUUGAAAAAAUACUCUACAAAUUCCAUUUUUUUGGUGGAAUUUUAAAAUAUAACUCGCUUUCUCUUAAUGCUUUAAAAACCCUAAAAUGACUAUUUUUUCUUGUAUUUAUUGUGUUUCAUUUCCUAACGCUUUCUCAACUUAAUUGUGAUUUUGUACUGCUU